CAAACACAUAACAUGUUAAUCAACAUGUUAUUUGUCUGCAGUUAACACAUUCUUGAUUGUUGGCCCGGGGUCCUUCGCAUCUUGUCCGGGCCUUGUUCUCCGGUCCUUCGUGCCCACUCAAUCUUUUGCGUCUUCGACCUUGCUCCCCUGGCACCCCACACUUAGGCUUCUUUUCUUUGGCCAUACUUGAUAUAUCCAUCAUUACUUUUUUGCAAAUGAACUCUUAGUUUUAGGUGACCAUGCUUGUAGUUCAUGUUCUUGUUCUAUUUCAGAGGAAAAAAAUGAAAUCUAAUAACCUAUAUCUAGUUGAAUGUUUGAAAGUGUUAUUUUCCUCAGAAUGAGAGGGCAAUUCUGGAACAAAAGAAGGCUUAUGAGACAAUGGUGGAAACUGCUAAAAACCACAAGAGAGAGAAGGAACUUGCAUUGGAGAAAGUUAUUGUGCUGCAAAGAGAGCUUGAUGGGAAGCAAGGAUUGGAGAUGGAGAUAGAGAGCUUAAAACGCGACAUCAAUGAGAUGAGACAGAUGAACGAGGAAAGGGAUUUAGCAGCUAAAAUCAAAUUGACAUCAAUUGAAGAAGAGCUGAAAGAUAAGCAAGAAGAACUUGAUUACUUUAACAACAUAAAUAAUGAAUUUAUUAUAAAGCAACGGUGUGACAAUGAUCAGUUGCUGGAUGCUCGGAAAGCGUUGAUCAAUGGCUUGAACGAUGCCCGUAGCAAUAUUUGUGUUAAAAGAAUGGGAGAACUUGAUGCGAAGCCAUUUAUCCGUGCUGCAGAGCAAAAAUAUUCAAAAGAAGAAGCACCGGGAAAAGCUUUAGAUACUGCAGCUUGCUCAGUUUCUUUUCUUUUGAUGGCUGAAAAUGUUCGAUAUGCGCGUGCUUUCAUGAAUGUUGUUUGUUCUUCAAGUGUGUAUGUGUUGGGAGUUGGGAUGGCGGAGAUAUAA